UAUAACGUCUUUCCAUCUUCUUCCUUGACAACUCAUAUUUUCUUCCACUUUUCCUUUUUUCUUUUCUUUGUUCAUUUAAGCAGCAUAUGUCUCAUAGGCCCGUCGUUCCUCAUUCUUCUUCUAGCGCUUUUGGCCUCCACUCCCAUCUCCUGGUCUCCAGUGAGAUGAACUCUAAUUCCAACUGGUAAUUCAUCUCGUUAAAACAAGUCGUUUUAUUCACUCUAAUUAAUCACCCAACUCUUUCCUUUCUUUGGUUUUAAUUCCGUGACAAGAAAAUGGGUGUUAAGGGAUUUGUUGAAGGCGGCAUCGCUUCCAUUGUUGCCGGAUGUUCGACUCAUCCACUUGAUCUCCUCAAAGUCCGCAUGCAGCUUCAGGGUGAAGCCCACGCGCCCACACAGCCGGUUCAAUCUCUCCGUCCGGCUCUCGCCUUCCCCACCACCACCACCGCCGUCCACGUCCAACCACCACCACCACGUGUGGGUCUCGUCACAGUCGGCGUCCGUCUCGUUAAGCAAGAAGGAGUUGCAGCUCUUUUCUCCGGCGUCUCCGCCACCGUUCUUCGUCAGACUCUAUACUCCACCACCCGAAUGGGCCUUUACGAUAUUCUAAAAAACAAAUGGACCGACCCGGAAACCCGAACCAUGCCUCUCACGAGUAAAAUCGUUGCUGGUCUGAUUGCCGGAGGGAUCGGAGCAGCGGUUGGGAACCCUGCUGACGUGGCAAUGGUUCGUAUGCAAGCCGACGGAAGACUCCCUCCGGCUCAGCGUCGGAACUACAAGAGCGUGGUAGACGCCAUCACGAGAAUGGCGAAACAAGAGGGCGUGACUAGCCUGUGGCGCGGCUCAUCCCUUACGGUGAACCGCGCCAUGUUAGUGACGGCGUCGCAGUUGGCGUCGUACGAUCAGAUCAAAGAAACGAUCUUGGCGAAGGGCGUGAUGCGUGACGGACUGGGUACGCACGUGACAGCGAGUUUCGCAGCGGGGUUCGUGGCGGCGGUUACGUCGAACCCCGUGGACGUGAUAAAGACAAGGGUGAUGAACAUGAAGGUGGAGCCAGGGAAGGCGCCGCCAUACAAGGGGGCGAUCGAUUGUGCGGUGAAGACGGUGAAGGCGGAGGGGCCAAUGGCUCUUUAUAAAGGGUUUAUUCCGACGAUUUCGAGACAAGGGCCGUUUACGAUCGUCCUGUUCGUUACGCUGGAACAAGUGAGGAAGGUGCUGAAGGAUUUCUAGAGAUGAUGAUGAAAAUUAGAAUAUUGUUAUUAAUAAUUUAAUAAUGUUGUUUGAAUUUGAGAAAGAAUCCAGAUGUGGUGAGUUUGAUUCUUAAAAAAUGUAUUACAUUCUUAUUCUGGAAUUUCAAUUUUUCUUCUCAAUUGCUGGAGGGGUUUGGUGAAA